AUGGGAAACGUACAAAAAAGAGCAUUAAUCGCUGAAGAUAGCACAACACUUUCUUCAAACAAUUCAUUAAUAAACAAAAGGAGAAAACCUUAUAAGACAAAAAACGUAACACGAGGCUAUAGUGACGAAUCAUUGGUAUUUACGGAUUCUGAUAUAGAUGAGGCUACUAGUUCUGAUCUUGAACAACAAGAACCGGAAGGUGAGAAAGAAUCGGAAGAUGAGCAAGAACUAGAAGGUGAACAAAGAAAUAGGUUAUUAGCUGAAGAAGAAGAGGAUGGCAGCUAUGUCUCUGUUUCCAGUGAUAACAUUGAAAUAGAACCAUUUGAUUUAAAAAGAGAAUUGGAGGAAGAUUUGAAUAACGGUAGUAGAGAUUUUAAUCCAAAAUUUAAGAUUGAAGAUCAAGAAGACAAAUGGUUGGAUCAGUUAAAUAGCAACAAGGACAAUAUUUUAAAAGCUAAAAGGGAGCAGGAAAAACAAGAAAAGUUACAAAAAAAUAAUAAAUUUAGAUGCAAAUUAUCAUUGGAGCAUGCCUUGUUAAGAUUAUCCUUUUUCAUGGAUAGUGGGAAAGAUAUAAAUAUUUUUACCAUGUUGGCUCGUCUAAAUAAAUUGAAAAACAAAUAUACUGUUGUGAAUACCAACAGAAAGAGAAAAAAAGGGGGAAACCUUGAGAAUAAUAAUCAUGUAGAUAAGGUGCAUUAUAUUGUUAACGCAAUUGAGUAUGUUACAGAGCUGAUCAGUAUAAUAGAGAAUAAAAAUUACGAAGGAAAUAUAUAUGAAAUGAACAAGUUGGAGAUACAAGAGGCAUUUAGGGAAGAGACACUAAACGCAAAAGAGAAAGAUUUAGUGGAUGAUGAUAAAAAUGUUAAAAUAUGGAGCUUCAAAUGGGUUAAGAAAUCAAACAAGGAAAAUAAAUAUUUCUCUAGUUAUGAAAUGAGGUAUUGGAAAUCUACCUAUUUCAAAGAUAACUUUGUCAUAGUUAAAUUUAUAGAUGAUAAGGACAUAGAUAAAAAUUGGAUCCUUAUAGAGUGUAUAGAGUUUUAG